AGUAUUGUUGAACAAAUGAAUCAGAGCUCAUAUAUAUAUAAAUAUUUAAAAAUAUAUUGUUUUUAAGUAUAUUUGUUUUGAAUAUAAAAUCUUGUGCAUAUUGCUUUGAUUUAAAAAUAAAAAAAAAUAAAAAAAAAACUAAUUAAAUUAUAAAUGUGACCAUAGGGCUGUAUUAAAAAGAACAACCUUACAAUUUUGAAAAAAAAAAUGUUUUAUAAUUUUUUUCAUUAACCUUUCCAAAUUAUUUUUAAUUUUAAUUUUUAAUUUUUUUCUUAUCUCAAUUAUUUUGUUGAUGAAUAAAAAAAACAAGUUUAAAUUUUUACCGCCAAAGGAAUGGUCCACAAUGGCGUCGUCAACAAUUGCAUCAUUAUUUAUCAUAUGUGCGAAUGCGGCUGUUGCAUUCUAGGCUUUACGCCAUUAUAAAAACCAUAAAACGUGAUCUCUGUAUCAAUAAAUUGACAGUUCAAAAGCCAUAUAUAAAUUCAUCAUUAACCAGAAAUUUGUCAACUGGUACUGAGCUAGCAGCAAAGGAAUUUAAUUGGGGUUCAAAAAAACAACAUAGAUCAAUUAAAUUAAAUUUUCCUCUCAAUAUGUCUGAUCCAAAAAUUGAAGAAACACUUGCUCCAUUUCGUGCCAAUGUCAAAGAACAGGGAGACUUGGUGAGAAAAUUAAAAGCUGAUGGAGCACCUGAAUUGGACAUUAAAAAAGCUGUUGCUGAACUUAAGCUACGUAAGAAACUUCUUGAAGACAAGGAAAUGUCAUUUGCUAGUGAUGCUCAAACCUUUGAUCGUGCACGAAUGGAAGAUCUUUUAAAACGUCGUUUUUUCUUUGAUCAAUCAUUUGCAAUUUAUGGUGGAAUAACUGGACAAUAUGAUUUUGGUCCAGUUGGUUGUGCAUUCAAGACAAAUUUAUUAUCAGCAUGGCGUAAUUUUUUUGUUCUUGAAGAACAAAUGCUUGAAGUUGAUUGUUCAAUAUUAACACCAGAGCCAGUGCUAAAAGCAUCUGGUCAUGUUGAUCGUUUUGCUGAUUUAAUGGUUAAAGAUUUAAAAAGUGGUGAAUGUUUUCGUCUUGAUCAUUUGAUAAAAGCACAUUUAGAAAAAUUAACAAGUGAUAAAAAAAUUGAUGAAGCAACUAAAAAUGAAUGUCAAGAUAUUGUUAUUAAAUUAGAUGGUAUGACUAAAGAUGAAAUGGCUGCUGUUAUGAAUAAAUAUAAUAUGAAAUCACCAACAAGUGGUAAUGAUUUGAGUGAACCAUUAGAAUUUAAUUUAAUGUUUGGCAUACAAAUUGGACCAACUGGACUUAUUAAAGGUUUUUUACGUCCUGAAACAGCACAAGGAAUAUUUGUUAAUUUUAAAAGAUUACUUGAAUUUAAUCAAGAAAAAUUACCAUUUGCUGCAGCACAAAUUGGUAAUGCAUUUCGUAAUGAAAUAUCACCAAGAUCUGGUUUAAUACGUGUACGUGAAUUUACAAUGGCUGAAAUUGAACAUUUUUGUGAUCCAAAUGAUAAAUCACAUGCUAAAUUUAUUGAUGUUAAAAAUACAAGUAUGUUACUUUAUUCAGCUUGCAAUCAAAUGGAUGGUAAAUCAGCUGAAAUUAAAACAAUUGGUGAUGCUGUUGCUGAGGGUCUUGUUGCAAAUGAAACACUUGGUUAUUUUAUGGCAAGAAUACAAAUGUUUAUGAUAACUGUUGGUGUUGAUCCAAAAAAAUUACGUUUUCGUCAACAUAUGGGUAAUGAAAUGGCCCAUUAUGCAUGUGAUUGUUGGGAUGCUGAAUGUUUAACAUCAUAUGGUUGGAUUGAGUGUGUUGGUUGUGCUGAUAGAUCAGCUUAUGAUUUAACACAACAUACUAAAGCAACUGGUGUACGUUUAGCUGCUGAAAAAAAAUUAAGUGUACCAAAAAAUGUUGAUAUUGUUGAGGCAUCACCAAAUCGUGGUCUCAUUGGUAAAACAUUUAGAAAAGAUGCUAAAAUUGUACUUGAUACACUUGCUGAACUUGAUGAAAAUACAAUUAAUAAUUUAGAAAAAGAAUUAUCAACAUCUGGCUCUUAUAAUCUUAAAUUAAAUAAUGAUAAUACUGUAUCAAUAACAAAUGAUAUGGUAAGUGUUAAAAGAUAUAAAAAAACACUUCAUGUUGAAGAAAUAAUACCAUCUGUUAUUGAGCCAUCAUUUGGAAUUGGUAGAAUAAUGUAUUCUGUAUUUGAGCAUAAUUUUAAACAACGUGAUGGUGAUGAAAUGCGUACAUAUUUAAGUUUACCACCAAUUAUUGCACCAUAUAAAUGUUCAGUUUUACCAUUAAGUGGACAUCCUGAUUUUACACCAUUUGUCAAAGAAAUAUCAAGUGGAUUAAGGAAAUUUGGUGUACUAUACAAAGUUGAUGAUUCAUCUGGUACAAUUGGACGUAGAUAUGCUAGAACUGAUGAAAUUGCAAUACCAUUUGGUAUUACAAUUGAUUUUGAUACAUUGAAAGAACCAUAUACAGCAACAUUGAGAGAAAGAGACAGCAUGAAACAAGUCAGAAUACCAGUUGCUGAUAUACCUGCUAUUGUUAGAGAUCUUUCAAAUGGUGUCAUCAGUUGGAAUGAAGUUAAGGAUAAAUAUCCAGCAUUCCAACAACAAGAAAAUGCUAAUGAAAACUAGAAUUAUUAUUGAUUUUUUUUUUAUUUUCAAUAUAUUUGUAUUUAAAUUUACAUUUACUUACAAAAGCAUUUAACUUUUUUUUUUAUUAUUUAUUUAUACGACAUCAUCAUUGAAUAAAUAUGUAAAUUCAGAAUAUUUUUUUCUUUGCUUUAAAUUAAUUAUUAUACUUAUCAACCAAUUGAAUUUAAAAAAAUUAUUAUCAUUUAAUUUAUUUUUUUUUAUUGCAAAUAUUUAUUGACGUCUUAUUAACCAAAUACGACAUCAUUAUUUUCAUCUGGUUAUUUUAAAUAUCUGUUUUUGAUAUGUCAAUAAUUAUUACCAAUACAUU